AUGGCGUCGCGAAGGGACUCGCUGCUAUCAGUGCGAUCGCCCAAGCAAAGAAAAUACUCGACGGACAGACACCAGAGACAGGCGCGGCUCUCGAUCGCCAUUGAAGAAGGCCGGUCGCUUCGGCCGCCGCUCGCCAAGGAAGACGAGGUGUCCAAGUCUUUUCUCAAGGAUGUUUUCUCCAAGCCACAGUCGACCACAUUCACCCAGGCUGACUCCUUCCCGUGUCCUCUGGAAGUACACCCGGGGAAGCGCGUCAGGGGGUUUUCCAGCAGCGCGGAAGAUGGGACGGAGCUGGAAUCGCUAGACUUCAAGAAUCCGUUUGCCGAGCCCAAUGAAGCGCAGCAACUCGAUAUCGAACAGCGUGGAGCCAUUAUUCGCCGCGCAAACACCGACAUCAAUGCGGAAGAGGCUCAUCUACGCAUCACGCGCUCGGCCUCGAACGCGCGAGUCCGGGCAAAGCGCCCGUUCGAUCGCCUCAGAAGAUGGGUGGGCAUCAAUUCUACCAUCAGACCCGGCGCUUUCACUGGGCUGGAAUAUGCCGCCGGCUUUGCGACCACGUAUGCUACUGCGAUUCUUUCGCAGAAUGCGGCCCUCGUGUACAAGCGCAAGGCCAUGUAUGUGCUGGAGUAUGAUGUUGACGAGCGAGAGGUGCUGCUCUGUGGACCGCCGAAGCAAUGCGAAACUGUGGCCAAGUUAAGAAAGUACCUGGAAGAGGACGGCAAGCAGCACUCUCUCCUCCGGCUGGUCUACGUCUGCAACAACGAGGAAGCCAUCAACUACCUGAGCGGCGCGUAUGGGAUCUCGGGCUCUAGCGCCGAAACCGAGGAACGCAGCUUCCGCGACUGGAUGCAAGACGACCGCGACCUGCGAAGGGCCUCGCACAAGGCUAUCCGGUGGCGCCCCGCCUUCGACAUGGCCCGAGGCGUCAUAUGCACGGCCUUUGGGCUGGAUUUUGGAUCCCUCGUCGUUGGGCCGUCGCCUGCGCACAACCAGAACCAGAGCCACAACCGCAACCAGAUCCGCGUCGGCAAUGCCUCGCUCUACCGUCAGCGGAUUGCCGUCUACAUGCAGCGAGUCUUCUCCGGAGCCCUGCCAGGCCCGCGCGUGACUCGCUUCAACUCUGGAUCCCGCCACCUGCCCGACAUGGCGAGGCGCGACACGGUCAUUAUUUGUGAGUACUCGUCCGGCGAGGCCGGGGAGAUUGUCAGCGGAAACGUCCUGCUGGGGCUGAACCCCGAGCGCGAGCGCGCAUUGCCCCAGAAUGCCACGUCGAUUCCAACACUUCAGGCUGUCCUGUCCCAUGUCUUUGACGGCCUGUACCAGCUGUGGCGCGACCAGAUCGCGCUGAUCCACGAGCCCCACGCUCUGUUGGAAGACCACAUCUACGCACACCCGUCGGAUUCGUCCUGCGCGCCCGACGUGUGGGCCAUGUCCCAGCGCCUGCACAACAUGUUGAAACUGGUGAACCGGCACUCGAAGGUUGUUGAAGCUGUGCAGGAUGACUUCGCCAUCUUCUCGGAAGGUGAGCAUGGGCAUACACAUGCGCAUGACAACGACAAUGCCAUCGGUACGGGCAUUGGCAUCGGCAUCGGCAUCCCCAUUCGUACUGGCACCGCCGCCUCAGCCGGGACGAACACGGCAAAAUGGCUAACGCCCCUACUGGACGAUUUCGAGGUCCUCGCCGAGAACAUUGUCACGGACUAUCUCCAGCCGUUGGAGCAUAUGAUCGAUCUGCUCUACAAAUCCGUAACGAUCCGCGACUCGCGACAGUCCCUCGAACUCAACGCCAGCCUCUGGCGCCUCAGCUGGAUCACAUUCAUCUUCCUCCCACUGACGUUCCUGGUCGGCGCGUUCGGGAUGAACGUCGACGCUCUUCAACACUAUCCAAGUUUGAAGUGGUAUUUCGUGGCUGCCGUGCCGUUGAUGAUCAUGGUGAUUUUCUUCUGGUUCGCCAUGCGCCGGUUCGCGCCGGGCCAUCAUCACAAGUCCCACGUUUUGGAUGCCACGGUGUUGGGGCCCGGGUUGGGUAUGGGUAUACGGUCGUUCUAG